CCGAGUAUACUAAUUUGGCAGAUGUUCCUUGCGGUAGGAGUGAGAUGGCACGAGAAGCCAGAAUUGUCGGAGGUCAGGACGCGGCGCCACGUGAAUUUCCAUGGAUGGUGAGCAUAACAAGGAAAGGUGGACACUUUUGCGGCGGCGCCAUUUUGAAUGACAAAUUUAUAUUAACUGCUGGACACUGUUUAUGUUCUGGCACCAACAAAAUACCAAUAGGACAAUUGCGCAUCACUCUGGGUGAGCACAAUUUAAGGGCUCCAGAAGUGCCAGCCGCAAGACAUGAAAGCGUCAUAAACGCGGUGUUGCAUCCUGGUCACAGGUGCGGCAAGUAUGUGGACGAUAUUGCUCUGCUGGAGCUCGCUAGUCCGAUCAGUUGGUCGGAAAGCGUGAAACCCGCAUGUUUACCUGUGGCUACAGGAAAACCAGGGUACAGCGCCUUUGGUGGCGUUGAAGCUAUAGUAGCUGGCUGGGGAUGGCUCGGAGAAGAUAGAAGCAAAUACAAGAGAGCGGACGUGCUGCAAAAAGUGGAAGUUCGCGUGGUGACGAACGCUGUGUGUGAUGAAUGGUACGCGAGUCAGGACAAGUCAUUCAGCGUUGGAACGAAGCAAAUGUGCGCCGGCUGGGAGGAAGGAGGAAAAGACUCCUGCUGGGCUGACAGCGGCGGGGCCCUGAUGGUUGGAAUUUCCCCAGCCGAGCCUUUGAUGGUCAUCGGAGUGGUUUCAACCGGUAUUGGCUGUAGCAGAUCACGACUUCCUGGUAUUUACGUGAGAGUUUCCGAUUACGUGCCUUGGAUCACGCAAGAAGCACAAUCUAGUCGAUAA